AUGAAAAUAUCUAGCAUAUGGUUAUAUGCUUCUAGCUUGUUUCCCAAGGCCAGUUUCCCAGCUGGUUCCCUAAGAGAACAGAGAGAAGGGGGAGAGAAACAGAAGAGCAGAAAGGAAACAGGGAAAGCAAAAAGAAAAGGACGUGCAGAGAGAGAGAGAGAGGGAGAACGAACAAGAUAUAGAAGUAAGAAGAGAAAGAGAAGAGGAGAUGAAGGAGGUGGUCAUGUGCCUCACAUCCCUCCUUGGCCUGUGGCAGAUGUAUUGGAACACAGCAACCUCUUCUGGACAAAAGGGAAAGUAGCAGGGAGUGUAGUGAAGCCACAUAACAGUAGCAGUAACAGCUUCGAGGCCACCAGAUGCCCUCCCAGCCAAUUUGUCUUGUCCCUUUCACAGACAAACUACUUGCCAAACAAAAGUGAAGAAGAAGUACAAAGUAGCGUACAAUGGAAAUGCUCAAUCAAAGUACAAACUCAGAAAGGCCUGGAUCCCAAGAAUGGACAAAGCCAGAUGGCACGAAAAAUUGGGCUGCUGCAGUUUGGCUUUAGAUUUGGACACACACACAUACACUUUACACACCCAGUUCCUCUCCAAAGGGACCUUUGUACAGAGGUUGUAGCAUCAGGCGCUCUCUCACAGGACCAAAGGCAGCAAGUCCAUUAAAUACACAUGAGAGUCUAAUUAGGGUCCCCCUCGUGUGGCGGGCUUGGAGGUAGGAGUCAUUGGGGAAUGACAGUGCCAGGACCCUGAAACUCGGAGAACACACUCUGCAAAUUAAUAGAGAAUGACCAAGAAGUACCUCUGUGACUGACUGGGACCUCUGCUUCCUUGGAGGCAAAAAUGUUCAGUGCUGAUUGCUCUCAUUAAAUUUGUUAUAGUGAUAUAAUUAUGAAAAUAUGUCUGGAAAAUGGGAUGACUCUUGGUGUGUGGUUAGUUUGCAUACUAUGGUAAAUUUGAUAUGAAUGUUUAAUAUUUAUAUGGUUCAUGUGACCUUUAAGUGAGACCAGGGAGAAGGUAUUGUUCAGUAUGCGUUUUAGUUUGUGGCCUCAUUUUACCCAAUUUCUCUGGUAAUUCCAACCCAUUAAACAUCUCUGUUGUGGUCUUUAAAUGAAUGAUAGUCAACCAUCCUGAACAAGAUUAACAUAACUGAUCAUUUUGCUAAUUUGUUCUGAAUUCAAGCAGGAAAAGGGGACUCAAUGAUAUUUCCCAUUAUAAUUAGGUUGAUAAUAACAUUGGCUGAAUUAUUGCAUUUUUGUUAUUCAGGAGGAAAGUCUUUCCUCUGGUGCGUGUCAGAUGAGAUAUUAGUGCGGACAUAAUUCUUAUUCUGGCAGCAGCAUGGUGACUGAUAUUAUUUAAAUUACACCUCCUUGGGCAAAGUAUUCGGAAAUACUUUGCAGAUGGGAAUUCAUCACAAAAUGGUGUUGAGAAAAUGAGGGGCAUCAGGGCUUGAUUACACUGACAAAAAUGUCUUUUUUUUAGAGAGAAAUGACAUUAACGUUAACAACUGACUGAGGUGUGCAGUACACUGAAAACUGGCCACAUCCUCCCAUAAUAGACGUAUUUUACCACAUCUAUUAAUUUUAUGUAAUGUAGACAUAUAGAUAGAUAUAGAGAGAGAGAGAGAGAGAGAGAGAGAGCGCAUUGAACUUUCUUCCAGCUAACUUCACAGUCUCUCACAUGCCUUCUGGUUAACUGUAGUCUUUGCCACUCUCCCAUAAAGCUCAGUCUCUCCAAUGUCAACAUCUAAAGCUUGUAACUCCUUCAGAACUGUUGUAGGUCUGCUGGUGACCUACCUCACUAGUCUCCUUGCACACUCACUCAGUUUUUGAGGACGGCCUGCACGCGGUAGAUUUACAGCUGUGCCACGCUCUUUCUAUUUCUCAAUCUCUGAUUUAACUGCAAGGGAUGAUCAGUGACAUGGAGUACUCUCCUUUUCUACAUGGUGUUGGUUUUUCCAAUGUACUAACUCACUUAAAAAUGUAUCUUCCCCAUUGGUGUAUUUAAACUACAAUCGAGUGAAACCCAUUGACUACACACAGGUGAUCCCCACUUAACUAAUGACGUGGCUUUUAAAACCAACUGGCAGCACCAGUGAUGAUUUAUUAACAUGUUUAUUAUUAAAGGGGGUAAAUACUUAUGCAAACAUGUUUUGUAUUUUAUAUUUAUAAUCAAAUUAAAUCACUUUGUAGAGAUGUAUUUUCACUUUGAC